UUAUGCAGGACCUUGAGCCAACGGGAUCCGAUAUCGCCUUCACCUCAGGAGGGUUGAGCCAGCGGACACAGAGGGCCUUCUAUCCCACCGAGCCCUGGAAGAGAGUAUUUUUCCGCUUCUUCUUCAUCCCCAGCUCCAACCAUGUACUCUGCAGGCCUGGAGAUCCUCGGGAUGAUCCUGGCCGUGGCCGGCUGGCUGGGGGUGAUGGUGACCUGCGGCCUGCCCAUGUGGCGGGUCGCUGCCUUCAUCGGGCAGAACAUUGUCAUCUCUCAGGUGAUCUGGGAGGGCUUGUGGAUGAACUGUUCAGUGCAGAGCACGGGACAGAUGCACUGCAGGGUGCACGAAUCCAUGCUGGGGCUACCGGUGGACCUGCAGGCAGCUCGUGCCUUGGUCAUUGUCUCCAUGGUGCUGUCUAUAGUGGGCAUCGGCCUGUCGGUGGCUGGGGCCAAGUGCACCAACUGCAGCCGGGACGUGAGCAGCAAACCGCGGCUCAUGGUAGCUGCUGGAGUGACCUUCGUGGUGGCGGGGCUGUUGCUGCUGGUGGCCGUGUCCUGGACAGCCAACGCCAUCGUACUGGGCUUCUACGACCCCAUGCUGGAGGAGACGGGGAAGAGGGAGUUUGGUAAUGCUCUGUACUUUGGCUGGGCUUCCUCCUGCCUCCUCAUCCUGGGGGGAGCCCUGCUCUGCUGCUCCUGCCCAGCUCCAGCAGCGACUGUUGGUGGCUCCAUGCCCCAUCGGGUGGACUACUCAGCUGUCAAGACUAUGUCCGUCAAUGGAUACCCCAGAAGAGACUAUGUAUGAACGUGUGACAUGUCGCAGAUGAACAUAAGAUGACUCGUGUUACA